AUGCGCUCCCUGCUCCAGCUGCUCUUCCUGCUCUUCUGCGUCCAGCGGGGCUACGGACAUGCGCUGCCGUCUCUGCUCGAUCACGUUGUCGGCGGCGCCGACACCGCCUCUCCGGACCAGCAAGAGCCCGCACCACGCCCCCGCCGCUCCAGCUCCGACGCGGCCCCCGCCUCCGCCUCCGCCUCCCCCUGCGGCCUGCGCUCCGUCCAGCUCCAGGUGCGGGACCUGGGGCUGGGCUACGACGCCGACGAGACGGUGCUCUUCAAGUACUGCGGUGGCGCCUGCGAGCGCGUCCGCUCCAACCACGACCUGACGAGGGCCCACCUGCUGCUGGGCGGGGUGCUGCCGCGACCCGGGCCCAGCGGGGUGGGGGGUCCCUGCUGCCGGCCCACGCACCACGAGGACCUGGCCUUCCUGGACAACGCCCACCGCUGGCACAAGGUGGAGAAGCUGCUGGCCGCCGGCUGCAGCUGUGUGGGCUGA